UUACUCUAGUCCGGACUUUUAAUCGCUGACGUUGCGUUGUUCCGACCCCUCUCAGAGAUGUUAAACGUGUAAAAUACAGAACUGUGGCGAUUUGUGAUUGACAGGGGCUGAUAUCAACCGGAACCUUACUAGGUACUUUGUAGAACAGAAGGCAUAUCGAAACGGCUGCUAGCUUCCGAGUGUGUAUGCCGAGGACUUGUUAGUGACUUGCUGAAUAUUACAGCGCAUAUGAGAAUACUCAUCUGAUUCAAUUACUGUGCACUGGUAGUAGAGGAGAAAAUUACCUCCUGUGUCGAAGAUAAUAGACUCAAAACGAUUUGAUACCAUGAGGGAAACGGGACUUAUGGAACUAAGAUAAACAAAUGUAAAAUGUAUGGGAUACUAGUAGUUAUUUAGAAUUAUAUUUUUGUGUAGAGAUUUUGAUCUUUUGAUUUAAAAUAUGAUGGUCAGUGUAAAGCUGUUGACGAUUUGUUUUGUGAUUCUUAAUGUGGAAUUUUAUGGGCACGGAUACAGUACGUACCCCAGGAGGUAUAACAGGGAUAGUGUGUGGGGCACCUGUCCCAAGCACUGCAGAUGUAUGACCCUCAACAGCAGGGGAACCCGAGGACUUCUUGAUACGUGGGGAGAACAGCAAGUGUCUGAAAAGACCCUGAAAUAUUUCUCCAAGGGUAUAAACGACGAAGCCGCUAGAAAUGGACGGAGCAUGGUGUGCCAGGGUCUUAGGAAACUUCCAGAUCCGAUUCCGGCAGAUAUUUCGAAAUUGACAAUAUUUGGUGACAGCAGCGGAAGAAGGCGCGACGGAAGCACUGACGUCAUAGAUGAUACCCGGAUUAAAACGUUAGAGCGGCGGUCAUUCCGUGGAAACAUGCGUCUGAAGGAGAUAACCAUGUCUGGCAAUAAUUUGGGCAUUCUUUAUCCGUACGUCUUCUACCACCUACGAGAUCUAAAGAUUCUUAAUUUGCCAAACAACAAUAUUCGCCAUAUGUCGGCGGCUGCUUUUCAUGGGCUGUUUAGCUUACAUGAGUUGAAUCUUUCAGACAAUAUGAUUCGCUUCCUCCCGACUCCACUGUUUCAUUACCUCCGUGAAUUGCGAAGCGUUAAUUUGAACGGCAAUAAAAUCAGAGCAAUACAAAGAAACAUCUUCCGAGCUCUUGGAAAGCUUGAGAAACUCGAUCUAUCACGCAAUAAUAUAACUGAUAUGUAUGAUGACACGUUUUUAUAUAAUACAGAAUUAACAGAAUUGUAUCUUAGCGGAAACAGGCUUUGGAAGCUACGACCGGAAUGGUUUCAAAAAUUAAAUAAACUGAAAAGUUUGUCCCUGAGAGGUAACAUGAUUAAAACUGUAGAACCAGACACAUUUAUUAAUCUGUACAAUCUUAAAGAACUAUGGUUAUCUGCCAAUAUGCUCCAGAGUAUUAAAGAUGGAGCAUUUAAAAACCUUAGGAAAUUAGGCAAUUUAGACGUGUCUACAAACGACUUGACGACAGUGCCCACUUCCUGUUUUGAGGAUCUGCAAUCCCUAACAGAACUCUACCUUGGGAAAAAUAAGCUAUCAAUUAUUCAAAACGGAACCUUUAACUUUGGAGGGAAUUUACAACAACUCGAUCUCUCCGGAAACUUAAUAGAAACAAUAGAGCGGGAGGCCCUGUACCCAAUAAACAAAGUUCAUACAGUUGAUUUUUCAAGGAAUAAGAUUCGAAUCGUUACGAAAGACUUCAUAAAGGGACUUAAUAACUUACAAGACCUAAACUUAGCAAAUAAUUUCAUUCAGGAUAUUGAGGAAGAUGCAUUCAGUGGUGCAACGAAAUUAACUCAAUUAAAUCUACAUGGUAACAAAUUGAAGAACAUCACUCAGAAAACAUUUGAAAAUCUGACAACAUUAAAGUCACUUGAUUUAGGAGAGAAUACUAUCAGUGAUAUUCAUUCAGGUGGCCUAACUGCACUAAGAAACUUGCGGUCAUUAGACAUCAGAGACAACAAACUCACUAAAUUAGAAGGAAAUUUGUUUUUGUCCCUGUAUAAACUACUAGAAUUAGAUCUUUCAAAUAAUAGAAUCAAGGAGUUAUUUAAUCAGAGCUUUUUGGGUCUACAUAACUUAGAAGAUCUCGAUCUGGAAGCCAACAACAUACAUACCAUCGCGCCCGAAACCUUUAGAUCCCUGCGAAGGGUAGUAACUCUUGAUCUCAAAGGAAACAAACUCAUCAAUUUCAAUUUCUCUGUCAUUUCCGAACUGCCCUAUCUAUCGAUGGUGGAUCUUAGCGAGAAUAAUUUAUUUAAUGUAGAAAUUGGAGACGAAGUUAAACUGAGGCUUACCGAACUGAGUUUAUCAAAAAAUAACCUUAAAGAACUCUCUGAGAAAGUCAAGAGGAUACUGUCCUCUUCAUCCUUAUUGAUGUUAGAUGGGAACCCAUGGACAUGUAACUGUAAAGUAAAAUGGUUGAAGGACCCUAUGCUGCCCCGGCAAAUCCGAGUCCAUUCCUCCAAAGAUGUAAUCUGCAAAGCGCCAACAAGACUGCACGGCAGAAAGUUAUUUGAUCUCUUUGACAAGGAACUAGCAUGUCAAACGACCAAGGACAGAAACUCAACCGCCGUACAGAUAUGUGAAGGAUCAAACUUUGUUAAAAAGCGCUGGUACUCACCCAGAUCUGUUCGAAAGGCUUUGUUGUCACGGCAUGCAACUAUAAUGGAUGAAAAGAACGCCCCGAUUGUAAACGGUAUCGUGGUGUCCGAGGACUGGAUUCUUACACUGGGAAGCAGUGCCAACGUGAUCCUGCAAUCAACGAAUCCCGAUAGUUUCCGAGUGAAAAUCGGAAGAACCAAGGGAUACCGAAACAUAGUUCGUGUAUUCAGACACCCUUUAAUUCGGUAUGGAACUGAAUAUAAUGUGGCUCUGUUAAGGUUAAAAUACAACAAGAAAAACCCGGACCAGUCGUGUAUAAUAACCGAGAAACAAUACAAAGUACUAACAAGUAUCUUCAAGCACAUAUCGAUAACAACAAGAGUAAAAGGGAAAACAAAGCUAACUAAACUAAAGCCUCGAAGAGGACGCAUCUCUAAAUCUUGCUCUGAGAAGAAUUUAAUAUGUGCAACAAUUAAAAAACCUAAAAGGCCGUUUAUGUUAGUUGACGGUUCCCCCAUGUAUCUAGGACAUAAUGGAGAUUACAGAUUGGCAGGGAUUGGAGUGAAUCUUCCUGCAAAGAAAGAUAAUAAGUAUGAUUUCAUUCCGUUAUGGUCCAUUUCGGACUGGAUUCAGAGUGUGAUUGACGAAUACAAUGCCAAGUGUCGCCUGGACGCUAAAGGAACAGACGUUUGCUCAGAUCUCUCUUUGCCAACCUUCAAAGACAUGGCGGACAGAAUUCGCAGGCCUGAGCAACACUAAUUACGGAUUGUGAAAUCUUGCAGUGCUGGAAUAAUGCACUAUAAUGUGACAAUUUGUGUAAUGGAGGGUAAUCAAGGCCCGGGGAUCGCCCCACAGAGAACGAUAUAAUCGAUGGAGCACAAAAAAAGUUUCAAAGUAAUAUGCAAUAUUACUCAGCCCACUCCAUUACCUAGAUUAAAAAUCGCUGUCAUUUAUACGGGGCAAUCAUUGCAUAACUCCGAUCUUCAAUGGAACCUCGUGUAAGUUAUUGAGCCAUUAGUGAUGAGAACCUGUAUUUUAUUAUAAUUAAUUAAUUCAAGUUUUGUUGCUAUCAUUGUAAAUAUCAAUACACAUUGGAGUAGUUUGUCUGGGUGCGCGUGCCUGAAUUUCCCGUUACCGACGCUCUGUACAUGCUUGUACUAUAUUGUUUGAUGUUUCACUUUAUGUACUUAGUAGAAAAGGAGGGGGAUCGGUUUAAACUUCUUGACAGCGUUUCCUCCCGUCCCUUCGCUUCAUUAAACUGUAGUCCACAUAGCGGAUGUUACGAGACACGAUCCGUAAUUGUGACUCCUCUAUUUUAAUUAAAACUCGGUUUUUAAUAUACGACUUUGACUAUAUAUAUCAUAUUUUGUGGUUUUGUCAGAGAAUUGUUGUAAAGUGACUAAAUUUUCGUUACAUUUUUAACUGUUUUCAAUGGAUUAAAAUUGUAAAAAGUUUG